AUUUCAAUUUUUUGCAAGGAUGUGAUGUUACCUGGUUGGUUUAUUUUAGAAGUGGACUAUUGAAGCCAUAAUGAAAUCGGCAACCUGCAAUUGCCUAUAUAUUGAAAACGGUGUACUUUCAUUCUGAAUCAGGUGCAUGCACUUGUUGUUAGCUUUUCCUCUCCCACCCCACCCAAAAUCGAUUGCGGUGGAAUAAAAUGCAUGAUCGAUACUGUUUUACAAUCGUGUUUUUCUUUGAAAUUAUCAACAAAAAUGCUGAAAAUUAAAAUAUACAUUGUUUUUGCGUUACUGCACACAAUGAGUUGUACAAAUGUCGUAACUCAAGAUUUGGACAAUAUUGAGUUUUCACCUGGUCCAACAUGGGCUCCUGUAUCUGCAGAGGAAAUUAAAGAAACAUUAACAAGGACAAAGAUAAUCCCUGACGCGCUAGAUAAAGCGCCUGACUAUAAUGCAAAUAUCUUGUGGUACGAUUUACCUAUGGGAUUUGGAAGAACUUUAGUUCCAUAUGAAGUAAUUUACUUUCCUUCAUGGUUUCAAUGGCCUCAUGACAAAGAAAAGCUUUACACAUUUGUAAUGACAGAUUUUCACAGAUAUGUCGUGACAGUUUUUGAACAACCCUAGAAACUUCCAAUAGAUUUCAAUUCAAUAAAAUAUUUAAAAUCAGAAUCAGCGAUUCAAAAUAGGACAAAAUUUUCAACCCGAAAGUUUGCGACUACAUUUAAGUUAGGAGAUCCUAUCGCCGUAGAUUUUGCGUUCGUUAAUGUUUCAGGACCGACAGAGUGAACAGCGCUACAUGACUAAAUGUAAACAUGCACACGAAGACAUCUAAAAUUAAUGCACCUGAGAAAAAUCAAAUUGUUGCGAGAAAGCAGCUUGGUUAUUUCAUCAUCUGGUUUUGCAGUUUUACAAUAUUAAGACAUUUCAUGUUCCAAGACUUUAACGUGCACGUUGAAAAUAUGAAGCAUGAGGAAGGAAGCAUACACAUUUGUAUGAAUGUAACAGCCCACUUGGAGCUUGAGGCACGAGAAACGCCUUCAUUUUUCAUGACAGGCAAAAUAUCCUUGGAGCAGAUAAACUUGCAUUUAGGCGCUACCAUUGACAAGCAGUGAAAAGUAUUCAAUAUUGAGGCUGUGUCGUGACACACAGUGUAACUUACACUUCGUGGUAAAAAAACUAACUUUUGAGACCUUUUCACCGCAUUUGAAUUGUACACUUUGCCUAAUUUUUUCUCGAAUGAUACAUUCUUAAACAAAAACUGAGGAUUAUAAUGCCAUUUAUUUUUGAAGCGCCCCCGUAGGUUGUAAAGAAUUUACUCAUAAAAUGGCAAAAGACAAGAAAUUGCCUAAAUUCAUGUUAAAAAUUAUAAAAAAAACAUGAGAGGCUACUAGGCAACGUGCAAUGCACGAAGUUAUACUAAUUUUAGUUUAUACCGUUAGUUUAUGGUGUGACUUAAACAAUUUGAGGUUCGCUUGAUUAACUUCAUUGCUUAAAGUUUGAUUUUUUUUAGAAUAUUUUGUCCCGCAUUUAAAGUUAGAUGAAUAUUUAACUGCUAUUUUUUACAAA